CGCACAUAGCUCUACCCCCUUGCCAAACACCUCCCAUAGCUUCUCCCGAGCUUCAGCAAGUGUUCUCUUUCCUUCGUCCUGCCAUUGACCUAGAUCUCUUCUUGUUGAACGUCGAAUUUCACUUGACAGAGACAUAAUACAAACAAAACGCCACAUCCAAUCGAAGAGGAACUGCCAAUUAAGCUAACCCCUCCCCCGCAUCGCAACGCACACUCACCACAUACACCACAAUGGCGGCUCCCAACACCUUCGGAGAGCUUGGUCUCUCCAUCAUCGGCGUCGCCAGCCAGUACCCGCCCUACUCGCUCAAGACAGACUCAAUAGACUACCUCAGUAACAAGUUCUACCCAGAAUCACCCUCCAUGAAAAAGGUUCUCUCCAUCAACAGGUUCACAGGCAUCGACUACCGUUCCUCCAUCGGCACUCACGAGCACGAAAUCGUCAACCAAAAAUACGCCCCCUCCAUCGCAGAUCUCCACAAGGUCUUCAUGAGUGACGGCGUGCCCCUAGCCGUCGAAGCAUCCCGCAAAGCCAUUGACGAAGCGCGCAUCGAUCUCUCCGAAAUCACCCACGUCGUAUCGACAACCUGCACCGACAGCGCGAACCCGGGCUUCGACCACUACGUCGUCAACGGCCUCGGCAUCACACACCAGGUUGAAAAGGUCCUGCUCCACGGGGUCGGCUGCAGCGGCGGGCUGGCGACGCUGCGGACGGCGGCGAACCUGGCGCUGGGACACAAGGCGCGCGGGAAACCGGCGAGGAUCCUCUGCGUCGCGCUCGAGGUCAGCACCACCAUGGUGCGCAGCGAGCUCAACAGCAUCGACGAGCUGCAAGAGACCCGGAUCGGCGUCGCGCUCUUUUCUGACUGCGCGAGCGCCGUGGUGCUUAGCAACGGCGUAGGCGAGCCAACGGAGCCUGUGUACGACCUGUUGGGAUGGGAGCAUAAGAUCAUUCCCGACACAGAUCAGGACCUCGGCUUCGAUGUUGAUCCUGUUGGUUGGAAAGUGAUUCUUACCCCGCGAGUACCGAAGCUCGCAUCGGCUGCAAUCCCGUCGACGUUUGCCGAGAUGCUCUCCUCCGUACCGUCACUACCACUGAACUAUCAGAAGCCAGAAGAUUUCGACUGGGCAAUGCACCCCGGGGGCGCGACCAUCUUAUCAGGGGCAGAGACGACGAUGGGCAUCACGUCGUACCACAUGAGAGCGAGCUACGACACAUAUAUCAAUCACGGCAACUCGAGUUCGGCAACGAUAUUCAGCGUCAUGGACAGGCUGCGGUCCAAGGACAUGGAUGCCGUGGCACCGGAGGGCCGAGCCCGGGACUACGUGGUGGGGUGUGCGUUCGGGCCGGGAAUCUCGGUAGAAAUGUGCAUGCUGAAGCGGAAUAUGCGGGCGCGAGACGCCACGGGGCUGCAGACGCCACCGGAGACGGAGAGCGAGGGCAGCACUAGCGAAGCUGGGGACGAUGGCGGGGUGCGGCCGGAGGAGCGGGCAUCUUCGGGGCGUCAAGCGGACCAGACCUUUGUUGCGGAGGCAAUGGAGGAUCUGGAUCUCGACUGAGGAGGGGGGUUCGGGAGGUUAUUUCGGAAAGGGUGCUGUGUUCUGGAGCGGGAGAUCGUAUAUAGCGAAGUGAGAAAGAAGAGGACACACGGAUACAUACCCAUGACUUGAUGGCGCUAAUGAGGACAUGGCAAGGCCGGAGAGAUGGCCGAGGUGCUCAGCGUUUCCCGGGAUGGAACACUGGCGAAGAUGACGAGUGCUAGAUAUUGGUCAGGACGGCGGUAGAACGGAUUAGACGAGAUUGAAGAGAUUACAAGA